CUUUUUCCCGCCGCCUUUUGGUUUUCGUCAGUGGAGCCGAUGGACAGUAGUCGGCACAGGCUACGGAAUCACGCAGGCGACGCUAGUCCAACAGCAGCAAAGGGUCCAGUGCUGGUGGGAUAAGGUGGAUCGAGUCUCAUGUGGCAGAGAAAGCCGGCUAAAUCCCGCUUAGGAAGGAUUCUGGACCGAAUGUUAUUCACGCUAGAUACCUGCCCUCCCAUCAUCCUUCAUCCAUGGGCCUUCGCCAGUCCCGCCUGGAUUCCCCGCAGCAACGCGGCCCGGACAAUGCCCGAGUUCGGGUCUUGCCAGCGGGUGCGAUGCAUACAGAUGGUGUCCGACUCGCCCGGCACAGCUGUCUGUCUGUCUGCCAGCAAAGUCCGAUCGAUGCGUCGUCAUUCAAGGGUUGGCCUGACCCGUCCGUCCCCUGACGGAGUAUUCCGGGCAAGGGACAAUCGGUCCCGAAGUCCGUGUCGCAGACAUGAUGAUGCAGGAAGAAAGGAAGAUCAUGCGCGGCCCCCAUGCUCAAGUCACAGAUUUUGCUCGAUUUUCGAAACACGAUUGCUCAUGGCGACGAUCAGGUUGCGCGAAUUAAAAUUCUUUGCUUCGUCGUUUCUCCAAAUAAUCGCGACUCCAAAUUCCACGGCCCUGCUGCCCAAUCACAGCGGCCUGAAACAGCCUUGCCCGCGCCGAUCGGGCCCGACCGAUGGAGCAUCCGAUGGGGUCGGCGUUGACGAGAGCCUUCCGUAGCAUGGACCGAACCCAGCAGAGAUCCAAUAAAUGUCUAC